AUGCAUCAGUCACAAAACUAAAACAGAGUAUCAAUUGGUUAGAAAGAAAAAACGGAGUUAACAGCUCAAGAUUUCAAAAAAUUGCUUAAAACGAGAAUUACCUAGACAAAGGAAGAAAUUGAGAAAUUAGAGGCUAAAUUAGAUGUAUUUAAACCUGAGAAUGCAAAAUCUUAAAAUCAGAAAUAGUAUUUUCAUGACAGAAGAAAAUUCAUAUUCACAAACAUUAGAUUAUUAUAAGCUCAUCUUGGGAAAUUAAUUUAAAAUCAAGCAAUUUUGGAAGAUGAAAAUAUAGAGGAAGCUAAAUUAGAAAAUAUGUUGGGCUCUAUUCAAGACUUAAGUCAUUAGAACUUGGAAAUCAUGAAAAACUUUCAAACUCUGAAUCAAACACCUGAUGAUUAACCCUUACCACCUGAUUUCAUAAUGAUGAGUGAAAGGGUGGCUAGAAAUUACAAAGUUAUAUAAACUCAAGAAGAAGUUGAUGAUAAAUUUGAUAAAUUAAACAAUUACUUUUAAAAUGAGAUCUAGAAAUAUUACAAAAAUCCAAUUUCAGCUCCAUAUCUUAAAUAUGUGCCCAAAAUUGUUUGA